CACACGCUGCGCCAUCUCCCCAGAUCUUCCACAUUAGCGAGUCUAGACUACUCGUGUCUCGCUGUUUUGGGUUGAGGACCGCUUCUAGCAAAGAGUUUUUUUUUUCUUUUCUCCUUGUGAUACUGGGAAUUGGACCCAGGGACUUUGCAGAGCUACAUCCGCAGCUUUUUUUUAGUUGGAGUCCCACUAAAUCACUAUUGCCCAGUUUGGGCUUGAACUUCUGAUCCUUCUGGAUCGCACAGUAAACGAGAGUAAUAGGUGUGCUCCUCAACGGCAGGCUUCUAAACGGAACUUCUGACGUGAGAGACUCCCGGUGGCGGAGAGCAGCUGAGCAAAGUGAAGGAAGGCGACGCGUGAGGGAGACAUCAUCGGAGCGCGCGGGAACGAGCCCACGAUGAAGAGUGUGAUCUACCAUACGUUUUCCCAGAAGGAAGCAAAAGAGUAUGAUGUUCAGCAGUUGGAAGGCCAGCGGGCAGAGGCCUUUGUGAGCGCCUUCCUGCGGCGGAGCGUGCCCCGCAUGAGCCAGCAGGCCUGUGAGGACCAGUUGCAGCGCAAGGCCGUUAUUCUGGAGUACUUCACUCGCCAGAAGCGGAAGGAGAAGAAAAAGAAAUCCAAAGGCCUGUCUGCUAAGGAGAGGAGAGAUCUGCAGCUCUUUGACAUUAAACCGGAGCAACAGAGAUACAGUCUGUUUCUCCCUCUUCAUGAACUCUGGAAACAGUAUAUCCGGGACCUGUGCAAUGGCCUCAAGCCAGACACGCAGCCACAGAUGAUUCAAGCCAAGCUGUUAAAGGCGGAUCUUCAUGGUGCUAUUAUUUCAGUCACAAAGUCUAAAUGUCCUUCAUACGUGGGUGUAACAGGAAUCCUUCUACAGGAGACAAAGCAUGUGUUCAAAAUUAUCACCAAAGAAGAUCGUCUGAAAGUUAUCCCCAAGCUAAAUUGUGUGUUUGCUGUGGAAAUCGAUGACUUUAUUUCCUACAUUUAUGGGAGUAAAUUCCAGCUCCGGUCAAGUGAGAGGUCUGCCAAGAAGUUCAAAGGAAAGGGAACAAUUGACCUGUGAUUUCUCUGCCACCCAGGACAAUUGUUUAUGGCACUUGAAAAUUGGAAGCACCCUAAGUACCCAACUUCAGUGGCAAGAUUCUAGUUACAGACAACUCUAGCCAACGGAAAUCAAAGCCCGAGGAUGUUGAGUAGCACAGGCAGAUGUGCCCUUCAUUGUUGUAAUGCUCCUGUGAAGAGCCACGACUGGCAGAAUAUGCCCCGGGAUUAACUCUGGUUGACUUGAAGGACUGUUAGAUUAUUUCUUUUCCAGACUCUUCUGAGUUUUGUGAAUGUUCUGUGAUAAUUCAGUUAUUCGUGCACUAAUAAAAUGCACACAUAGACUACAAAUAAAGGAACUACUCCUAUAGUCCAGCUGGGCUGAAAAGGAA